AGAUUCAAAACAGAGCACAGCAGCCGUAAAUUAGCCAUGAAACAAAUGAUGUUCUUUCAGUUGGCAUCACAUUACUCGCACUAAAAAUAGCUUCGAUUUCUAUAAAUAAACCCCCAUCCCUAAAUCCCAUCCCACUCCCUGCGUGAAAAAAUAGCUAAUUCGUGGUCUACCAAUUGAUGGCCAACCGCCUCAUUGUCUUCUCUCCAAAAUUCCUCCUCCUCUGCCGCCGCUUUUUCCUCCGACCACUCCACUCCGCCGUUCCCUCCGACCUCUCCGCCAUCAUCACCACCACCACCACCUCCACCUCCUCCUCCUCCUCCUCCUCCGCCGCCGCCGAUUCUUCAAUUCUUGAUCUCGAUGACGUGAAGGGGCUUUUCUCGUCGGUGUCGACAUCGAAGCUAGUGCGUUCGGCGGUGAAUCUUCACGCGGCGGGGAUCGAGCCCAUGGUGGAUGUGGGGCUGUGGGUGAUGAAUUCGAGGCUCAUGAAUACGGGGAUGUUGCGAGGGUUGAUGUUGGGGGCUACCAAGCAUACUUUUUAUGAGCAGUUUUGUGCGGGUCAUGAUCCCGAAGGGGCGGGUCGGACUGCUGUCAAGCUUUGGGAAUCGGGGCUCCGUGGAAUGCUGGUUUACGCCUUGGAGCAUGCUACGGAUAACGGCUCGUGCGAUCGAAAUUUGGAUGGGUUUCUUCGGACUGUUGAAUCCGCCAAGUCACUUCCCACCUCCUCUGUUAGCUUUGUUAUAGUGAAGAUCACUGCAAUUUGCCCCCUCGGAUUGCUACAGCGAGUAAGCGAUCUGCUGAGAUGGGAAUACAACAAUCAAUCUUUCCGACUUCCAUGGAAGCUCAACACUCUCCCAAUCUUCUCCAAUUCCAGCCCUUUCUAUCACACACCGAGAAAACCAGACCCUCUAACCCCGGAAGAAGAGAGUGACCUCUACUUAGGCCAUCAAAGGCUGCUAGAACUUUGUCAAAAAUGCUUAGAAGCCAAUGUCCCUCUUGCAAUCGACGCUGAGGACACAUCAAUUCAACCUGCCAUUGAUUACUUCACAUACUCUGCAGCACUCAUGCACAACAAAGAUGACAACCCAAUCAUUUUUGGGACAAUUCAAGCUUAUCUGAAAGAUGCAAAAGAGAGAUUGCUCCUGGCAACAAAGGCAGCGGAGAGAUUGGGAGUGCCAGUGGGGUUUAAAUUGGUGAGAGGCGCAUAUUUGUCAAGUGAAAGACAGCUAGCUUCCUCUCUAGGAGUUGAGUCCCCAAUUCACAACACUGUUGACCAAACACAUGCUUGCUUCAAUGAUUGUGCCUCUUUCAUGCUUGACAAGGUUGCUAAUGGCUCAGGGGCAGUUGUCCUUGCAACACAUAACAUCGAAUCAGGAAAAAAGGCGGCGGUGAAAGCGCGAGAUUUAGGGAUUGGGAAUGGAAACCAAAGGCUUCAAUUUGCUCAGCUGUAUGGAAUGGCAGAUGCACUUUCUUUUGGUCUGAGAAAUGCAGGGUUUCAAGUGAGUAAGUACAUGCCUUUUGGACCUGUGGAGCUGGUUAUGCCUUACCUUCUGAGGAGAGCUGAAGAGAAUAGAGGUCUCUUAUCUACAACAACCCUUGACAGACAACUGUUAAGGAAGGAGUUGAAGAGGAGACUAAAAGCUGCAGUUCUGUAGAGUGAACUUGAGAAGGCAAUCAACUUCAAGCAACCACACCAAGCUUAUAAUUU